CUGCGUUUACCGCGAGGAGUCCGGCGUGUUUUGUUUUAAUCAUUAAGGGGCUGAAAGGUGAUUUUUUUUUCUCUCUUGGAGCGGAGUGAAACUGUGGUCCUGAUCUAUCCCGCAGAGCAGCAAAGUUUUCGUCCAGUUUUCCGACAUGAACUCAUAAAUUUAAAGUCGCUGCUUUACCCUCCACCAUUACUUUUCUUGCGUGUCUUGUUUUAAUGACUCUAAAUUCAUUCUUCUAAAACAUUUUCUACAUGGCAUCUCCGGCGAGGCACGCGCCCUGCAGCCUCCUCGUGCUGCUGCUGCUGCUGUUCCGGGGUCCUGGGCUCGCGCGCGGAGCCUCCAAGGAUCUGGUGUGCGAGCCCAUAACUGUGCCCAUGUGCAGGGGCAUCGGCUACAACCUGACCUACAUGCCCAAUCAGUUCAACCAUGACACCCAGGAGGAGGUGGGGCUCGAGGUGCAUCAGUUCUGGCCCCUGGUCCGGAUCCGCUGCUCCCCAGACCUGCUCUUCUUCCUGUGCAGCAUGUACACCCCGAUCUGCCUGCCGGACUACCGCAAGCCGCUGCCGCCCUGCCGCUCCGUGUGUGAACGGGCCAAACGGGGCUGCUCCCCCCUGAUGAGCCAGUACGGCUUCGAGUGGCCCGAGAGGAUGAACUGCGAGCAGCUGCCCCAGCUGGGCGACGAGACCCUGUGCAUGGACCAGAACAGCAGCGAGACCACCACCCUGGCUCCACCCUUCCCCAAGCCCACACCUAAAGGCCGGACCAGACCCCCCAGCCCGCCGCAGUGCGACAGGGAGUGUCGCUGUCGAGAAUCCCUGGUCCCCAUCAAGAGAGACCCCCACACCCUGUACAGCCAGGUCCACACCGGCCCCACACCCAACUGCGCCCUGCCCUGCCACCUGCCCUACUUCUCAACCGACGAACGCGCCUUCACCAGCUUCUGGGUGGGACUCUGGUCGGUGCUGUGCUUCAUCUCCACCUUGACCACCGUCGCCACCUUCCUCAUUGACAUGGAACGCUUCAAGUACCCAGAGAGACCCAUCAUCUUCCUGGCUGCUUGCUACCUCUUCGUGUCUUUGGGCUACAUCAUCCGCCUGGUGGCAGGCCAUGAGCGGGUGGCGUGUGGUGCCAGCAACAGCGUUGUUGGCGACCAGCUGUACAUCCUCUAUGACACCACCGGCCCCGCUCUCUGCACCCUCGUCUUCUUGCUGGUGUACUUCUUCGGCAUGGCCAGCUCCAUCUGGUGGGUGGUGCUGUCCUUCACCUGGUUCCUGGCUGCAGGGAUGAAGUGGGGCAGCGAGGCCAUCGCGGGAUACUCCCAGUAUUUCCAUCUCGCUGCCUGGCUCAUCCCCAGCGUCAAGUCCAUCGUGGUCCUGGCUCUCAGCUCUGUGGACGGGGACCCUGUGGCUGGGAUCUGCUACGUGGGGAACCAGAGUCUGGAGAAUCUGAGGGGAUUCGUACUCGCACCUCUCGUGGUUUACCUCUUCACCGGCUCACUGUUCUUGCUCGCGGGCUUUGUUUCCCUCUUCCGCAUCAGGAGCAUCAUUAAGCAAGGUGGCACCAAGACGGACAAACUGGAGCGGCUGAUGAUCCGCAUCGGGCUCUUCACGGUGCUGUACACCGUCCCCGCCACCAUCGUGGUGGCCUGCCUGGUCUAUGAGCAGUACUACCGGCCCGGCUGGGAGCGAGCCUUGGCCUGCUCUUGCCCGUCUGAGCGCCAGCGCUUGGGCGUGGGCCCGGACUACGCCGUCUUCAUGCUCAAGUACUUCAUGUGCUUGGUGGUGGGCAUCACCUCAGGAGUCUGGAUUUGGUCAGGAAAAACCCUGGAGUCCUGGAGGAGGUUUGUAGCCCGAUGCUGCCCCUGCUGGUUGCGGAAAGCCACUGCUCCCCCCUCCAUGUACAGUGAGGCCAGUACUGCUUUAACUGGACAUACUGGAACUGGUCUGACAUCAGGGAUCUACCAUAAAGCUGCUCCGUCCCAUAUAUGAACUGAGUGGCCCAGCGACAGGUUUUCAGAGGAGCGAGUGGUGUUCAUACGGGGAACCUGUAACUUCGCUGGUUCCCCCAAAUAAACAGAACUGUCACCCAGAACGUGAGAGCACACAAACGUCUGCAUGUGCAUCACUGAGCUCUGAGCUCCAGCUCCCACAAAACUAGACUGACGAUACGAAAUGCACCAAAAGCUUCAGUUAAAAAAGGGAAAAAUGAAACAAACCUGCGCGAUGAGGAAUUAAAACUGAAGAAAAUCCAAUGCAGCUUAUUUAACGGAGAGUCAGGCUGUUGUGAAAACCGACUCCAACAGCAGAAACUGCUUUUCCAAGCUGAAACAGACCAAACUUGAUAUUUAGUGAGAAAACAUCUGGUACAUGGAUCCCCGAUGGAAUCACACAGGCCUCAAUCUGCUCAUCCCGAGAACUGAGAAGAAAAACAUAUUUAUUGAUGUAUAUACUGUAUCAUUUUUCUGUAAAAAAAAAAAAAAUUAGGUGUAUAGUGUGAUAUGUUUAGUUUGUAACCAGCCAAGCUAAGAGAAAGACACCACAGAAACAGCUGUGAAUGGUAUCAGCCUGUACAUACAGUAAAUGUGCUGUUUCACGUCAGUGUGUGAGUGUGAUCGCUGGUGGGUUUUGUACCACUGCAAAGUGAAAAGUGCUGAGGAAUCGCCUUUGUUUAGAUUCUCUCAGACUUUAGGAAUAAUUCCUUCAGACUGGACGCCACUGUGACCUCCAAGCACUGCUGGUCUCAUCACACUCAGUCCCUAAAGUGCGUCUCUGUAGAGCCGAGAUCAGGUUCAAGCUGCAGGACGAAGCCGACCAUCCUUUACCCCCACCUGCUGGUUCACAGUGGAACUGCUCGUUUUAUGCCCUCCACAUCGAGGACUCCCAGACAUGGACGCCCUAAAAGAUCAACAUUAGACCACAGACCGUCAGCUGAAUAAGAUUGUGAGCCAAAACUGUCCAAAAGGGUAUAAAUUACAAAAAAAUAUUGGUCAGAGUGGAAUGUUCUACUGUAAAGUUCUUCUUUUUUAUUCCAAAUGUUUAAAGAUUUCGGUUUUGACAAUUCUGCUGGACUCCCUGAUACCAAGUCAACGACCUCCACAAGGUCCCUGGACCUCACUUUGAGAAACACUGUUUUUUUAGCUAUUUUAUGCCACGGACUCUGAACAGACAGGUGAAAAGAUCAUCGACUGAUAGAUUGUUUCAAAAUAAUUAGUCAAUUAAUUAAAUGAACAAUCAGAAAUUUAGCCGGCAACAGUUUUUAGAAUCGACUAAUUAUUAAUAUAAUUUCAAGCAAAAAUGCAUUUUUAUAAACUUUAUAAACACAGUAAACUGAAAAUCUUACGACUGUUGGGUGGAGAAAACAAUUUGAGGAUGUGACCUUGGUGACAGGCAUUUCUACUAUUUUAUAUUUUAUACAUUAAGAAAAGAUAGAAUCAAGAAAAAAAUCAGCUUCUGAUCAGAUUGAUAAUGAAAACAGUCAUCCCAUGCAGACCCAUUUGUUGUCUAAUGGUGGUGAGAGUCAAACAUCCCAUAUUUAUCUACAGUAUUUUGGUGUUUUUAUUGGAGCAAUUUGACUUUAGAUUUUAGAUUUCAGAAACACUAAAUGAUAAUCAUUAGAAAUUUAUAGAGAAUGAAGCACAAAAUAUUUACUGGCUGCAUCGGUUAAAUACGAGGAUUUGCUCUUUUUGUAUGACUUUGAAACAUCGUAAGUUCAAUAUUUUGGAGGUUUUGAACAGUUGGCUGGACAAAACAAGCACUUUAACAGCUGUCAUUAUUUUAGAUAAUUUAUAGUGUUAAUGAGCACUUUUAGAAGACGCUGCUUUUCAUCACAGUUGGCUCUACUCACAUUACUGACAUACUGUAUGUACAUCUGUACAGAGCUGUGUGCAGAAACACUAUGAGUCAGUUCUACAGAAGGGAUCUGUGGUCUAAUGUGGAUCAUCUGGUUUGUUUCCCCGUCUCUCCUAACAGAAAAGAGACACCUGCUAACGUCACCUGAAACUAAAAGAAACAAACUAGAAGUGUCUCCGUGCAGAUGUGACAUCAGAAGACAGAGUGUUACUAAAUGUGAGCGUACAUUUAAAGCUGAUCGUUUCCUGCUUUCUCCCCCCGCUGUGACGCUCUGUGAUAUUUUCUGUCUGUGUUGUUGGCCAGUUGUGUUUUUUAGACUACUGUGUGUCCACAUGCUAGCUGAUAUCUCUAAUUUAUUAGGCUGAUUUGUGUGAGCGAAUGUGAUCGUGUGAGUGAUGACGAAUGCCAGUAAGUGUUGGAAAAAACCGACAGUGAGGUCUGAGUGCGAGUCUGCUUUCAUAUUGAUAGAGUUCCUCAAAGGAUAUAAAGAUGUUGUAGAUUUUGAUUCAUAUUGUGGAAUUAAAACAGAGUGGCCUCAA